AAAAAAAAGGAGAAAGCUUGAAAACUCUAAAUGGUCAAAAUUCAAAUAAUUCCAUCGUUGAAUUCAAGCCGAUUGCCCACUGUAUUGUUGUCUAACCUGCCAGCACAAAAAUUGUAAAGUCUUUCUCAAAUCUCAUAAAAUCGAAAAUUUGAAUUAAAGUGUUUCUUAAAUCUAAAAAAAUUGGGGAUUUGAACUGGAUCUGGCCAAAAAUUGAGGCGAGAGAGGAGGCCAAUUUUUGGACGAAGAAGGCAAUGCCAAAAAUCCAACAAGCCAUUGCCUCCACCGGCAACCAUGUGUACCACCAUACCUUCCCGCCUUAAACCGCCACCACCAUCCCAUUCCCUUUCCUUUGCCAGCCGAUCGCCAACCCAACCCCACCGAUCUCCCCCCAGGAACAGCUCCCAUCUCCCACCUACCCUCCACCCACAGCCCUACUGAGAUAGCCAUCGAAACUGCCAACAAGUAAAUAGCAACUGUCACAGCCAAAAACAAAAAAUAAAAAAACCAAGCCAACAAAGCCAAAAAAAAAAAAAUUGCAAACAACCACAGGGCUCUAUUGUGGAAUCCAUCGGGAAAAAAAAAAAAAAAGAAACAGAAAAGGGCCCGUUGAGGAUGAAAAGGGCUUUUGGUCAUGGGAUUUUUUUUGUUUUUAUGAGUGAUUUGGGAGAGUAUUUUUAAGAUUUUGGGAAAGGAAAGAAAAGAGCUAUUUUUUUGGGCAGUGGGAGCGACGGCGGUGUAUGGAGGUCAGCGCGGGCGAGGAGACUUUUGGAUGAUCUGAACCGGUAGAAAGGAAGGAUGGAAAGGGAGAAACAACAUACUUUGGUUUUAGGACGACCGGAUGGCGAGAAGAGGGUGAACGGCGGUUUAAAAUUUCGGGUUAAAGUUUCAGAUCUAAGCUAUUAUGAGGUGAUUUGCAAAAAACAGAGGCUGAAUCUGAGACAAGAAGGAAGAGAGGAGUCCACGGCUGAAAUUUUGGAGUCAACUGACGCUGAACGGCGGCCGGGUCAGCUACCGUCGCUGGGAUCCGGGUUAGGGGAGAGUGGCCGGCUGUGUCUUUUUUGGAGAGAAAAUGUUGCAUUUGAUACAAAAAACGGAAAACUCAGGUAUGCACAGUAUAAGAGAAUAUUAGAGGAAAUUGACAAGUAUAAAGGUGGUUUGGAGGAGCCAAUAAUUAGCACAUAUGCCAACUUUAGAGAUGAUGUGCUUCCCCGCAUUAAAAGACUUGGAUAUAAUGCUGUUCAAAUCAUGGCUAUUCAAGAGCACUCGUAUUAUGCUAGAUUUGGCUAUGAUGUGACAAACUUCUUUGCACCAAGCAGCCGUUUUGGAACCCUUGAUGAUCUUAAGUCACUGAUAGAUAGGGCUCAUGAGUUGGGUCUACUUGUUCUUAUGGAUAUUGUGCACAGCCAUGCAUCUAAUAAUGCGUUAGAUGGAUUGAACAUGUUUGAUGGAACCAAUGCUCAUUGCUUCCACUCGAGGUCAAAGGGUCACAACUGGAUGUGGGAUUUUCGCCUUUUUAAUUGUGGAAGCUGGGAAGCACUACAAAGGUUUCUUCUUUAAAAUCCAAGAUGGUGGCUGGAAGAAUACAAGUUUGAUGGGUUCAGAUUUGAUGUUGCGACUUCAAUGAUGUACACCUAUCAUGGGUUGCAAUUAAUAUCUGGGUAGCAUUUACUAGAAACUACAAUGAGUACUUUGGAAAUGCAAUUGAUGUAGAUGCUGUUGUCAAUCUGAUGCUGGUUAAUCAUAUGAUUCAUGGGCUAUAUCCUCAGGCUGUCACCGUUGGUGAAGAUCCAUGCAUCUAAUAAUGUGUUAGAUGGAUUGAACAUGUUUGAUGGAACCGAUGCUCAUUACUUCCACUCGGGGUCAAGAGGUC